CGCGCAAAAAACACCAGACCACGUACACGGACGCGGCCAAGACCCACCACCAACUCCCUCCUCCUCCUGUCGCCUCCGCCUCCGCCUCCGCCUCGUCUCCCUCCUCCCCGACGUCCACCCCACGUGGAGCGACAGCCCGUCGCCGGCGUCCAUGGCGGCGGCGGAGGUGUACGCGCCGACCGCGGCGGCGGCGGCGGCGGCGCAGCAGCAGCAGCGGGGGAAGGCGGCGUCGCAGGCGUGGCGGGCGGUGGUUGGGUGGAUCGGCUUCCUCAUCCAGGUCCUGCUUCAGAUCCUCCGCGGCACGCCCUCCUGCGCACAGCUCCUGUCCUUCGUCGGCUUCCGCUACCCCCUCCUCUCCGCGCCGGCGGCCUCCGAGCCGUCGCCGGAGGUUGCCUUCAUGCCGCUCCGGUCCGAGAUCCCAGCUGACACAGCCCCUGCCCCGGCGCCUCCACCUGAGCCCCUGGGCCGCCUCACGGUAGUACUUGACUUGGAUGAGACUUUAGUUUCUGCAUAUGAAUCAUCUAGUCUUCCUGCUAUUGUACGCACUCAAGCUGUUGAAGCAGGAUUGCAUUGCUUUGACAUGGAGUGCAUAUCGUCUGAUAAGGAUGUUGAGGGAAAACAGAAGGUGAAUCAUGUGACUGUUUUCGAGCGUCCUGGUUUGCAUGAGUUCUUGCAGAAAACAAGCGAAUUUGCAGAUCUUAUCCUCUUUACAGCAGGUUUAGAAGGUUAUGCUAGACCAUUAGUUGACAGAAUAGAUGUUCACAAUAGAUUCAGACUCCGUCUCUAUCGCCCAUCGACUGUUACCACGGAAUAUAGAGAACAUGUGAAAGAUCUUUCUUGCCUAUCAAAAGAUUUCUGCAGAAUUGUCAUUGUUGACAACAAUCCAUUCAGUUUCAUUUUGCAGCCUUUGAAUGGAAUACCUUGUGUUCCAUUUUCAGCUGGACAACAUUCUGAUGAUCAGCUCAUGGCAGUUAUACUUCCACUUCUGAAGCAUCUUUCGCUCCAGAAAGAUGUCAGACCUGUAUUGCACGAAAGGUUUCAUAUGCCAGAAUGGUUCCAAAAGCAUGGGAUCCCCCAAACUAAUCAGGCAGUAUUCUCCGGACAUGAGAAGUAUUGGAACUUCGGGUAGUAACUGAUGUUCUAGACAUCAACGGGAUUGGGAUAUGGAGCUCAUCUGGUUUUCUGAACAUCAAGGCCGUUAGAGCUUCUUAUCUGGCUAAUAACUUGGGAUGCCUUAUCUAACUUGUAUGCUCUCUCGUAAACGCCGGCAGCCACAAGAUGAAGUUCCCUCUUGUCAAUGCUUUGGGUCAUGGCUUAGCUUCCCAGCCAGCGCUUCCAGCGCCUAGAAGUCCUGAGCACCAAAGAGGCUGAUCAUCUGGAGUGGGCGAGUGGCGCCGCGCGGCAGGGAGGAAAUGGAUAGGAGAUUUUUGCUGUUGGUGGGGAAGUAUUGUCAGGGAAGGCAACUCGUCCGGUGAGAGCAUGGCGGGGAUCGGACGGCCGACGGUUGCGCGAGCUGGAUGUUUUUGCUUGGUUACACUACUGGUUAGUACUGUAUUUGCGUUCAGGACGCAGGAAUUCAACAAUACACAAGCAAUGUUCAAUUGCUACAUGAAAAAUCCAGUUUGAAGAAAAUUCAUGGACGAUCAGCAAUGAUAAGUUCAGUCACAGUACAUGCA